AUGCUUGCAGGUUUACUCUUUCUUCUCCUCACAGGGGGAAUUACCUUCAGUUACUCGGAUCAACCAGAGCUUCAUGAUGAUCAACAAAAGUCCAAUCAGACCCUUGAGGAAGGUGGAAGUCCCUCCAAUCACUCAGAACAGUUAGAGCUUCAACAGAACUUCAGUCAGAGCUCUGAGAAAGACGGGGAGUCCUCUAAAAGUAGCUGUGGUUAUCGAGAUGUUUUAAAGUACUUGAACUUGACCAAAAAUGAGCUGCAGACCAUGACCCUGCCUGUUAGAAACUAUAAGUCGUCCAUGAAAAUACAACUUGCUGUACUACUCAAUGGCAUUCUUGAUGUGAAAGAGAAGGACCAGAAAUUUGUCUCGUACAUCUCUACAUUUAUGUUUUGGAAUGAUGAAUACAUUCGUUGGGACCCUGACGACUUCUGUGGAAUUGACACGAUUUAUAUUUCUACUGAAGCAUUGUGGAAGCCAGAUCUAAUUAUUGAACAGAUGAUAGAGAAAGGCGAAGCCCCUGGGAGUCCCUAUCUUAUGGUCACAUAUGAAGGCAGUGUCGUUUUUAAGAAGUGCAUGGUGGUGGUCAGCACCUGCAGGAUGCAAGUUUACAGAUUUCCGUUUGAUGUUCAGAGCUGCAACCUCACUUUCAAGUCUUCCAUACACUUUGAUGACGCACUACAGAUUGAAGAGGUCCACAACUCUUCAGUAACCUCAGAGUGGUCUCACGAGAUGAUUCAGACUCAGUCCGAGUGGGUGUUCAUUGACAUGAUCGUCAGCAAGGAAACUGUCAAUCAAAGCAGCGUCAUUUACACUAUCAUCAUGAAGAGGCGGUCUCUUCUUUACGUGGUUAACUUCCUGCUGCCCAUUCUGUUCUUCAUGUGUCUGGACUUGGCCGCCUUCCUGAUUUCGGACAAUGGGGGCGAGAAGCUCAGCUUCAAGGUCACUGUGCUGCUGGCCGUCACUGUUAUGCAGCUUAUUCUCAACGACAUCCUGCCUUCCUCUUCAAACAAGAUUCCACUGAUAGCGGUCUACUGCAUCGGGACGUUUACUUUAAUGAUGCUGAGCUUAAUGGAGACGAUUGUGGUGAUGCAUCUGGUGGAAAAAGACUCUGCAUCCCAAGAAAACGAGGCAGAUAAAGACCAAAGCGUGUUUGAGGACUAUGGAGACCAACAGAACAAAGUCUGUUGUAGAGAGGUCAAGAAAUUACACUGUAUGAGUAUCUGCGAUGUGUCUCCUGGUGAAACUCCAUCUGAGCGGCCAUCAGUGACCGAACACGUUAGCAGCAACCGACUGACAGAGUGCCAUGACUCGGAAAAACUCUCAGAUGAGCUGAAUGACGCGGUGAAAACUAUGACUCUGGUCCUAAACAACAGUAAGCUGGAACAAGUCUGUGUGGUGCAUGCAGCUGGAAUUAUCUCCAGUUACUCAACGCAACCAGCACUUCCUGAUGAUCAACAGAAGUCCAAUCAGAGCUUUGAGGAAGCUGGAAGUCCCUCCAAUUACUCACAACUAGAGCUUCAGCAGAACUUCAGUCAGAGCUCUGAGGAAGAUGGAGAGUCCUCCACCAGUAACUGUAGUUAUCUGGAUCUUUUAAAGCACUUGGACUUGAAGAAAGAUGGGCUGCGCACCAUGACCCGGCCUGUUAAAAACCACAAAAAACCCCUGCAAGCAGAACUGUCUGCAGUACUCUAUGGCAUUAUAGAUGUGAGAGAGAAGCAACAGGAAUUUGUUUCAUACAUCUGUGUUUUAGUGAGUUGGAGGGAUGAAUACAUUUAUUGGGAUCCUGACGACUUCUGUGGAAUUGAGAUGAUUUAUAUUCCUACUGAAGUAUUGUGGACGCCAGAUCCAAUCAUUCAGGAGAUGACAAAGAAGGACGAGGGCCCUCUGGGUCCUUAUCUUGGCGUUUGGAAUCAGGGUUCUGUCAUAUUUAAAAAGUACAUGGUGGUGGUCAGCACAUGCAAGUUUCAACUUUAUAAAUUUCCCUUUGAUGUUCAGAGCUGCAACCUCACUUUCAAGUCUGCCAUACACUUAGACACAUCGAUACAGUUUGACAUCAUGUUCAACUCUUCAGACACCACAGCGUGGUCCGUCAAGUUCAUUCAGACCCAGUCAGAGUGGCUGUUCAUCAGCAUGACCGUCAGCAACAAAACCUUCCAGUACCAAAGCAACAUCAUUUACACUAUCACCAUGAAGAGGCGGUCUAAUCUCUACAUUGCCAACUUCAUACUGCCCAUCCUGUUCUUCAUGUGUCUGGACUUGGCCUCCUUCAUGAUUGCGGACACUGGGGGCGAGAAGCUCAGCUUCAAGGUCACUGUGCUGCUGGCCGUCACUGUGAUGCAGCUUAUUCUCAAUGAUAUUCUGCCUUCCUCUUCAGACAGGAUUCCACUUAUAGCGGUCUACUGCAUUGGGAUGUUCAGUCUAAUGAUGCUGAGCCUCCUGGAGACGAUUGUGGUGAUGCAUCUGAUGGAAAAAGACUCUGCCCCCCAAGACAAUGAGGCAGAUGAAGACCAAAGCCUGAGUGAGGACUGUGGAGAAAAACGGAGCAAAGUCAGCUUCCACAGCUGUUUUAGAGGGAAAAUGUCGUCUGAUCGGCUGCAAGUGGCCAAAGAGGGUAGCAGCAGCCAACUGACAGAGGAGUGCAAUGACUCUGAAAAGCUCUCAGAUGAGUUGAGUGAGGCGGUGAAAAGUCUGACUCUGGUCCACCUCCCUCAACUCUCAGAUGAGCUGAGGGAGGUGACUCAGCUCCUCAGCAGCAGGAAGGAACACAGGAAGCCCGGCUACUGGACCAGAAUGACCAAAAAAAUCAACAAGGUUUUCUUUACUUUCUAUAUCAUAGUUGCAAGUGUGUUUUUAUUCCAUAUGUUUAUCAUGUGGAGCACUGAAGAAGAUAAUAACGCUGAUAUUUCUGAAGACUAA